UCCCUCUCCCCAGGUGGACGAGGCAGAGCAGCACGAGGAGUUGGAUCGAAACCCAACACAUAGUCGAGGCGCAUCUGCAAUUCGAAUUGGGAGGCAGAAUCGAGUCGGAGGGGGAAACCGAGCCGCACAAAUUGCAGAAAGCACCCCAACCCGGGCCAGUCAGCAGGGUGCAGAGGCAUCCACCCGCCAACCCCUGUUCAGCGCUGGCGACCUGGCAAUUCGCCAAGACCUCUUCGCCGACGUCGCAACAUGGGACCUCAACCCCCUCCGCGACAGCAGGCAACCCCCGCUCGCCCGCCACCCUCCCAGCACACUUCGCGAGUCUUUCGCGGCCUGCCUCCUCACCCCGUUGUUACAUUUGGCACAAGACCCUGACUCACCUGCGGGCUGGAGACUGCUCAUGUUCCUCCCGCGCAUCCUUUUACGCACCUCGUCAGCCAAGCGCCCUGAUUGGCCGAAAGUUGGAGCCAGACUGGUCCAGUUCCGCCAGGGCCUCUGGCGUAGCCUGUAUGACGAGGCAGCUGACGCAGUUUCACAGCCACCCCAGCCACGUCACGCGCCAGACACCUCUGGCAUCCUGGCUAGAGCCGAGGGAUUGGCCAAAAGAGGGAACUUGGCCAAAUCCCUCCAAUCACUCACCGCCACGCCUGUCUCAACCCCAUCACGUGAAGUGCUAGCAGCGCUCUCAGCAAGGCACCCCCCAGCGCGCCAAGCCAUCCCAGACUGGGUGCGUGACUACACUACAGACAGCUCCCCAUCCAUCUCCUCUCGCCACUUCAGACACAUCCUCGCCAAGUGCCCAAACGGUGUGGGCGCCGGUCCCUCAGGCACCACUUUCGAACACCUAAGGGAUGCGGCCUUAGGGAGCGCAGACAUAUUCAGGCAGCUGCAUGCCCUCACGAACACCGCGCUGGCGGGAAAACUGAACACUGAGGCGGCCGAGCUCCUAACAGCUUCACGGCUCCUUGCUUUCUCAAAGCCGCAGGGGGGUACUCGGCCAAUCGCGGUAGGCGAAUGCCUUUUACGGCUCGUCGCCAAAGCAGCUCUAUUUCUGGCGGCGGAGAAGGCGCGGGACCACUUCGCGCCGCUGCAAUUCGGCGUGGCCAUCGCCGGAGGCAUCGAAGCCGCAGUACACACAGCGAGAACCUACCUGGAAGAGAACGAAGGGGCAGUGGCGCUGCAAAUUGACCUGGCGAAUGCAUUCAAUGCGGUGGAGCGGGCGGCGGUGUUUGAGGGCCUUAAGGGGAACGCCCUGGAAUCCCUGGUGCCCCUGCCCAAUCGGCCCACAACCAGGAUGCGCCUUUCAGCAGCCGCAGAGCCCCUUCCGCUCCUGUCCCAAAUGGACCCGCAGCUGUGCCUGCUGUUCCUCACUCGGUGCGUGAGCCGCCGCGCCUCUUACCUCGUCAGAACCACGCCUUUAAAAGUGCUGCCGGAGGAGUCUUGGUCGGCUUGGGGGGGACAGCUGCUGCACACCUACUUGACGGCCGCACACUCUGCGGUACCACGGGAGGAGUCGGAGCGGGGGAGAGUCUGGCGGCAAGCAGCCCUGCCCGUGACGCUGGGAGGCCUCGGCAUCACCAACCCAGCGACGGAAGGGGCGUUCGCGUACCUGGCUUCGGUCAUCUCCUCCGCCCAUCUGCUGCGCUCCUUCGGCGACGCGGCCAACGCCUUGCGUGACAAGACCCACGAGCCAAUAGCCGCGGACGAGCUUGGCCUGCAGGGCCUGUUCGAGCCGCUGGGCGAGGAGCAGCUGUACCAGCUGAUUGAAGACCCCACCGGCCAGAAGGGCCGUGGGGUGGGGGAUUUUGGAGGGGAUUGA